AGUUGGCAAAUUGCCAUAAAGACGAUGGGAUCUCGAUUCCUACAAGAACUAUAAUUUCUUCUGAGAGUCCAAUAUAAAUGGUAAACCUUCGUCUUCCUCCUCCACUGGUUAUUUUCAGUACAUUCUGCAAUUUUUCAUCUCCGAAAUUCCAGAUCUUCUCUCGAUUCUUGUCUCGUUUGAAUCUUCCCUAUCUAAAAUCUAGGGUUUCCCUUUCCCAAAACCCAACAGAAUUCUUGGUCUCCGUUGAAUAGCGGUAGGCCCCGUCAUCGAUCAAUCAGUCAGUCAAUCAAUCGAUCGAUCAGUGUGUCACAUGACGCGCGCGAACCACCAGAAGAAGAAGAAGAAGAGGCGGUCACGAGCUUCGAAUCAGCUGGCCCUGAACGGGACGCUGCAUGGCGGGAAAAAUGAGGAAGAAGGGAUUAAGGGGCGAGAGGGGCUGGAAAUAAGGGAAGACAAUGUGAAUUGUUCGUUAAUUGAGGCGUUUGCUUCGGCUUCUCUGGAGGAAGCAACUGCUGCUUGCCGGGAAGCUAACGGCGAUCCGGAAAAAGCCGCGGAGAUUUUAUUCAAUUUGGUGGAGAACGGGGAGGAUUCGGUUUCGAGCGGGUUUUCCGGGCCGGAUUCGCGAUCCAGCUCUGGUUCCGGACCGGGAUCGAUCUCGAGCGAGGGGUUUAUGGAGACGGGAUGCAUAGAAAACGCAGUGCCUGGGAGAGGCUUCAGAAGGAACCAGCAAAAGAGAGUGGUAGCGACCACGGGAAUGGUGUCAACCAUGUUGGGGAAGGAGUAUGUAAGGUCCGGACCUAGAAAGCAGUAUUCGCCAGCAAAAUUUAAGGGUCUUGAUGGUAAUGGAGAAGAGAUUUUGGACAGAGAGGGGACGGAGCAGCUUUUGUACUCAAUGCUGGGCGACGAUUGCGAGCUUAGCAUGGCCGUUGUCAAAGAUGUUCUCUGUCAAUGUGGGUACAACUUUUACAAGGCAUUGGAUGUAUUGCUUGACUUGUCCGCUACCUCUUCUGAGCAGUCCGUGAAUGGAAGAUGCCUCAGUGAUUCUUUAAAUUAUAAAAAAGAUAAAAGAUUCAACACUGAAAAUGGAGACAAUUUGGAAGAUAGACCAUCAAAUUGUGUGACCCAUUUCUCUGAAAGCAAACUUCAGGACAGUAAAUGGUCUAUGAAUGGUGGUGACAGGGACUAUUUGAAGGUUCUUACUACUUCGGAGGCUCCAUCUCCAACUAGCCCAAGAAGUAGAGAGUCAAAUCUUCCCCUAAAGGUGUUGGAAUCUUUAUUUAACCUACCUCGAAGUACAGAACGAGAACCUGACAAAAUGGACUGGAGAAAUGUAGCAAAGAAAAUGCAAUCACUGGGACCUGGUUUUGAUGUUUAUACUUCUAGUGUUGCAGAACUUGAACAGGAUACAUAUGUGAAGGGUGACGAAUAUCAUGCAUUUAGAAAGACUGCAAAUCAGCACUGGGGUUCAAUGAGGUCAUACUAUCGAAAGGCUGCAAGAGCACAUUCAAAUGGAGAACAGGGAUAUGCAGCUUACCUUUCUGACCAGGGGAAGACAGAGAAUAAGUUGGCUUGGAAGGCUGAUGAGAGGGCGAGCCAUAAUAUAUUUAAAGCUAGAAACAGGGGCAUAGAAAAUGUUAUAACAAUUGAUUUGCAUGGUCAACAUGUCAAACAAGCAAUGAAGAUUUUGAAAAUGCACCUUAUACUUGGAUCAUAUGUUCCUUCGGUUCAAACCCUGAGGGUUAUCACAGGAUGUGGUUCAAAAGGGCUCGGAAGGUCAAAAGUUAAACAAUCGGUGAUUAAACUUUUGGAUCAGGAAGGUAUCAAAUGGAGUGAAGAGAACCGAGGAACACUACUAAUAAACGUUGACAGAUAUAGGGAGUUUAGUUUUCUAGAUUCUGAGAGUGACACCGAGUAAUUGUGCUGUUGUAAAAUAAACCUUCUUACGGGUUUCGCAUUAAAAUGCACACUGGGUAACUUUCACUGGGAACUCAACUCAGCACAUAGAUAGUGUAUGAGGACAAAUUUCAGAUGUUGAUAUUUUCAUGUAGUUUUUUUUAAACUUUUCAGAUUAGGUAGGUGGCAGUUUAGAUUAGAAGAAGCACAGCCUUUAAGCUAAUGAUAGCUGAGUUAGUUCCGUUGGUAUGCCAUAGCUUGUACCCUCCGACGGAAAAUGUAAUUUAUCAGUAAUGACAAAUGCAUACAUAGUAGAAUGUAUAUAUUUAACUCAAA